AUGCUUGAGAAGCUAAGCUCCCCAUCAGCCGUCUACAGAAACCCACCCCCUAGUCCUUACGAUCCAUAUGAAUCGUCCUGCCGGGCCCAGUGGAACAGGGGCAUCCGAACAAGCACAGGGUUUGGUCCAUCAGCCCAACAGCCCGACUUUAUCAGCCUGCUCUCUGCCAAGCACGUGGCGACCACUUUUGUUGUUGACGAAGUGAGCAACAUUGUGAAAGAGGCUAUAGAAAGUGCCAUCGGUGGCAACGCCUAUCAGCACAGCAAAGUCAAUCAGUGGACCACAAAUGUCGUGGAACAAACUUUAAGCCAACUCACCAAGCUGGGAAAACCGUUCAAAUACAUCGUGACCUGUAUAAUUAUGCAGAAGAACGGAGCAGGACUACACACGGCGAGUUCUUGCUUCUGGGACAGCUCUACUGACGGGAGCUGCACCGUGCGAUGGGAGAAUAAGACCAUGUACUGCAUCGUCAGCGCCUUCGGACUGUCCAUCUGACUGACCACUUCAUUCACCCGGGCUCUUUCUCCUCUGUCUCAACAUUUCUCUCCCAUUUUCUAACCACCAGCCAUGAAUUCAGUGAACAGCUUUCCCGCUCUUUGUUUUCUGUGGCAUCAACAUGCAGAGAAAACCAAAACGACCGCACUGUCCUGUGAUCAGCACACCCUCAAUCACGGAUCGUUCUUGGGCCGUCGGAACCUGGACUGCCACUGUCCGCACUCUGAAUAUCUCUGUUCAAAGGUGCUAAACACUCACCCUGCUAGUGUGAACCUUUCUCUACUCUCUGAAAUCAUUCAAACACACUAAUUUUUCCAUACUUUGUACUUUUGUUAGAAUAAAUUAUUCCAAUUUAAA